AUGACAUUUGGAGAAGAACCGGUAGAUGAGACGUGGCAGACUGCUCAAGAGAGGAAAAACUUAGUUGUGGGGUUUUUGAGCAACGAGCUCAGCGAGUCUUCAAUCAAGAGGCACCAAACUAAAGUUGACCUUCUUCAUAAACGUGCAUUUUAUAUUGAGAUUUUCCCCUAUCUCCUGCCAGUUGGGGAUCAAAAUCACCUUUUGAUGCCCAUAUCCGUUUUACAACACAUAGACCCACUUAGAUUCCGACGUGUAAAGGAGCUUGGGAAUUCACAGGCCAAGAUUCUGUUGAUCCUAUUGACAGAGUAUUUGGAGCAGCUACAGAAAGGACGUAGUUUUCUUCUCGAGGUAAUGAAGUCCUAUGAUGUCAAUAGCUACUUAUCCAAAUGGGAAGAGGUCACUGAGAAGUUGACAGAGCUAACUAGCCUCUUGGACAGCUUCCUGUCCUUGCAAACACCCUGCCGGCUGCAUGUUAAGCAUCUCCUUGUGCCACAUUAUGGACCAACCAAGAUUCCAUCCGUCCAGGUGAUUUUAAAGAGUAAAGCCCCAGUGGUAUUCGACCGCUUUGAGUCAGUAGCUUAUGAGAAUUGGGCAUUUUUGAAAUGGCACGCCUUGACAAAGCAGAGUACAGCAGAAAAGUAUGAGUUGCGUUUUAAGUUGCUGGAGAAACGGACACAGCAAGAGAGGGCCCACACAGCCUUGAUCUCUGUCACCACCAAUUUUUUUGAAAUCCAUCAACUUCUCCCCGAUCGAUUCUAUGAGUUCUCUGUCCACUGGGCCAAGACUCCCACGCUAGUAUAUGAGGCAUGGCAUGACUCGAUCACACUACGGACAAGUGUGUCCCAUAAAACAACUCGCAGAGAGUGA